AUGACUUUCCCUGCAUUUUCAUCUUCUGCUCAAUCGAGACUCUCCUACCUCCCUCAAGAUUGCUGGAUAUGCAUUCUUGAAUAUCUCUCAUUUGACGACUUAUUAUCCGUAUCAAAAACAUGCAAGGCUCUCCACGCUUCAAGCGAGCCCUUUCUCUGCCGCAAAAUAAGCUGGGACUGGGUAACACCACCCCUGAGACGUAUUCUGCAGUUCUUUAGGACCAUAUCGAAUCGACCAGAUUUAGCGGCAUCUGUGCAAUAUGUUAGCUUGCUCUCAUCAAACUACCCGGAUUGGCAUGGACCUUGGAUAGCUCCUCAGCAUACCGUUUCUUGGAAUGAAGAACGACCGCUAUUCGAAGAUGUGGUUCAGAAGGGAGUUGAUAUCAUCCAUCAAGGGCAGUUCCCAGAUGCGAAUGAGUGGCUUCAGGCUUUGAACGAUGGGAAUGUUUAUGUAUUCGCUACUAUCCUUUUAUCGCAACUUCCCAACGUCAAGACGCUCUAUUUGGAUUAUUCCUUUGUUUGGAUGGGUGGAUAUCCGGGCAGGAUGCUCAAGCACUCUCUUCUAUCGAGAAACAAAGUAUUGUCUACGUUUGAUCAUCUCCAACGAGCUGAAUAUGGCGGAAAUACACCUCCAGCUGAGCUGUGGGACAACAAUAUGUUGCCGCUAGAUCUUGAUGGGUUCCCUUCCGUUUACAACCAGGAUCAGUUCAUCGGGUGGUUUUGUCUCCCGUCCCUCCAGCAUCUGGGUAUCUGGCUGCGUGAUACCGUCGAUCUCAGAACAAACGAAAAGCUACAGUGUGAUCCUGCGAACCUGACCUCGCUAGUAUUAGCUCGGUCGACAAUUCCAGAAGAAGAUGUGUUAUUCAUCUUACAGCGCACGCCGAACCUGACAAAGCUGCACCUAGGACUAGCAUACCCACGGCUCGAGGCACAGGUGUUGGAAAAGGGCCAGUUUCUCCUUCAAGCCUUAAAGCCCUUUUAUCACACAAUGGAGGCACUCUCUCUUAGCCUCGAAUACUAUCCCGGUGGCUGGGGAGAACUACACCAAGACGACGAACUCAUGGAAUCAUGGCAGCCCUUCAACGGCUUCCUAAAAUCAUUCACCAAACUCCAAAUCGCUGAAAUACCAAUCCAUGUCCUCCUAGGCUUCAUUGACGACGAAACAUACGACAGAAAACUAAGUGACGUCUUACCAUCUUCACUCCAAGAGCUUGUCAUAAGAGCCGCCCCAAGUCCCCUCGGCGAGAACCCCUGGCAAGACACAAUGAUAUACAGCCAUGUAGAAUCGUUCGUGGAUAUUUGGGACGUCGCAACGCCCCUUUUGCAGCGGAUUACGCUUCGCUUGUGGAAUGGGCAUUAUGAGCGGAUGUGGGAUGAGGAUGAGAAGGCGUUAUAUGAGGCUUGUGAAGAGAAUGAUAUACGUAUGAAUGUUGUGGGUGAUGAUCAUUGUUCUGCGUUGUGGGCUAAAAGAAUAUAUCUAGAGGAUGAAGUAGAUGAGGCCACGGCUAGGGAUAUACUGGACACUUGCUGUUGUGGCUCUUUUCAUAGGGAUAAAUAA